UGGAUCUCCCCUAUCAAUAUCACCAUUGUUAGGGUUGACUCAUUCCCGACCGUGGGAUAUUUUUCAUUUCUAUAAAUUUAUCUAUCCCCAAUCAUCUGUUAUGUUUUUAAAACCUCCCUGCUCUAUAGCAAUUGACUUUAAGAUUCCGUGGUUGUUCCAGAAAAGAAAAAUGCCUGCCUCCUGUCCAGAGACCGAGGUUCUGCCUCAAUAUAGCUUUACCGACGACUACAGCGAAGGAGCCCACCCACAAUUACUCGAAGCCCUUCUACGCACGAAUUCCACUCAACAAGUUUCCUACGGUUAUGAUGAAUACAGCAACGAAGCUCGCCGGUUAAUCCGGACACGACUACAAGCUACCGAAGAUGAGGUAGCCAUCCACUUCGUGCCUAGCGGCACCUCCGCCAACCUGAUCUGCAUCGCCAGCUGUCUACGGCCCUAUGAGGCCGUAUUAACAGUAGACACGGGCCACAUCGUCAGCAAAGAAGCCGGAGCCAUUGAAGCCACCGGUCACAAGACCAUCGUCGUGCCGGGUGUAAGAGGCAAAAUGACCCCCGAGAAUCUGGACCGAGCAGUCCGCCAGAACCAAUUCUUCCCCCACAACGCUAAGCCCCGUUUGGUGUAUAUCUCCAACGCCACCGAGCUGGGAACAGUCUACACCAAACGCGAACUCCAAGAACUCUCCGCCGUGUGCAAACGGUGGAAGCUACUACUGCUCAUGGACGGCGCCCGCAUCGGAGUCGCCCUCAGCGCGCCGUCCAAUGAUCUCACACUCCGUGACUUGGUCGACCUCCUAGAUAUCUUCUGGAUCGGGGGUACGAAAAUGGGAGCACUCCUGGGAGAAGCGAUCGUCGUAAGAAGCCAUCUAGCCGAGGACUUCAUUUUCCACUUGAAACAACACGGAGCCUUGCUGGCCAAGUCUCGCGUUAUGGGCGUGCAAUUCGCAGAGCUGUUCCGGGAGAACCUCUUCUUUGAUCUUGCGACACAUGCCAAUGCCAUGGCGCAGCGUAUCUCGGCGAACUUUGAGAAAUUGGGUUAUUUGUUGGCUGCGCCGACGGAUACGAAUCAGGUUUUUGUCACUUUGCCUAUGGCGUUGGUCAGACGACUGGAGGAACGGUUCCGGUUUUAUACCUGGGAUCCGUUGGAUGGGGAGCAGGCUGUUGUUAGGCUUGUUACCUCUUGGGCGACGGAGCCGUUGGAGGUGGAUAAGUUUAAUGCGUGGGUUCAGCAGUGGACGUCUGUUUGAUGGCAUUUUCUGGAGCGAAUUGCAUGUUUUCUUUUUUGAUGCCGCAUUUUUUUGUCGGGUUGGGAGCGCAUUUAUGAG